AUGAAAGUUUUUAUGGCGAAAACACGUGAUCAUAAAAGAUAACAUGACAAAUAAAGAAUUAAAUAAUUGUAAACAUUUAAAGACUGUAAAAAAUAAUAAUUAAACAAAUUGCUUUAAUUGUGGCACACUAAUAUGUCUAUAUAAUUUAUGGAUACAACCUUAACAAGAAUAAACAAUAUAUAAAAAAAUUAAUACUAAGUAUAUGCCUCAACAAGUGUAAUGCUUGCAGCAAAAGCUAUUGAAUUAGAUUUUAAAAUUCCUUUCAUUCCGAAACUAAUGUAAGCAAGUGAUCUUGAUUAAUCUCAUUAGACUUUAUAAAAAAUAGAAAAUGAUUAUAUUUUAUUAACUUCAUUAUUACUUGAAUAAUCUUCUUUUUAUUAAUAUGACUAAAGUGUAGUAGCUGCUUCAUGUGUAGCCUUUUUAAGAAAAAUAAACGGAGUUUAACCAGUCUGGAAUUAAAAAUUAAAUGUUAUUCAUAAUAAUUAAGUCGAUAUGAAUCAAAUGUAUAAUUGCUUAAAUGAAAUAAUAUUAAAAGAAUUAAAAGUAAUAAAAAUGUUUGAUUUUAAUUAUAAAACUCACCAUUUGCAUAAUAUGUAAAUAGAAGCUGAAAAAAGAGACAUUUAUACAUUUUCUCCUGGCCCCUGUUCUUUACCUUUACAAGUCCAAAACAGAUGUUAUGAUUCCUUAUUUACAUUUUAAGACACAGGAAUAAGUGCCUUAGAGUUUUCCGUAGACUAAUUCGAAUACAAAGAAAUACAUAAAAAAUGUAAAGAAGAACUAAUAAAUCUAUUCGAUAUUCCUUCGACUUUCGAAGUUCUUUUAAUGGAAGGAGGCGCCCAUUUAUUAAAUUCUAGUGUCCCUUUAAACCUUUUAAAUGACUAAAAUGAUACUGCAAAUUAUAUUGUAACAGGCUUUUGGGGUGCCCGUACAUAUAAAGAAGCUUAAAAAUUCGGUAAAAUCAAUUUAGUUCAUCCUAUAUUGGAAAAAUAGAACAUAAUUCCAAAAUAAUAGGAUUGGAAUGUAGAUGAAAACGCAAAAUAUUUUCACUAUACCGACAAUGAAACUUUGAGUGGUUUAGAAUUUAAAAAGCCUCCUGUAUUUAAAAAUGGAUAACUUUUAAUUUCCGAUAUGACUAGUUCUUUAGGAACUAAAAAAAUCGAAACAGAUAAAUAUGCAUGUAUUUAUGCCGCUUCUCAAAAAAAUUUGGGAGUUUCGGGAAGCGCUAUUGCCUUUGUGAGAAAAAAUUUGCUUGGAAAAGCUUAAAAAUACACCCCUUCUUAUGCUGAUUGGAGUAAUAUUUUAAGCCCUGAUUUUUAUUAUCAUCCUGCAACUUAUUUAGUCUAUUCGACUUAUACAUAUGUUAAUUAUCUUAAUUAAGCUCCUGGAGGAAUUAAAUAUUGGGAAGAACUUAGUUAUAAAAGAUCGAAGAUUAUUUGGGAUAUCAUAGAUUCCUCUAGAGGGUUUUUUGUACCUUUUUGUCAAAAUUAUGAUUAAAGAUCAAGACUUAAUAUUAGUUUUAAUUGCAAUAAUAACGAUUAAUUGGACAAUAAAUUCAUUUAAGAAGCUGAAUAAAAUGGAUUAAUUGAAUUAAGAGGACAUCCUGCUACAAAGGGUAUACGUGUUUCUAUUUAUAAUGGCAAUUAAAGUGAAGGUAUAUAUAAAUUAAGAGAUUUUAUGAAUGAUUUUAUGGAAAAAAAUGAAAUCAAAAUUAAUAAAUUAUCUAAACUUUGA